AUGGAACGCCCUUGCGAUGCUUCGCCAGCAGGCCCAUGGCUUCGCCCAAUGCGCAAGCUGUUGGAGGCAAGGGCAGAUCCGAAUGCAGCUGACCUUUCUGGCGAGCCGCCACUGAUCGAAGCUGCCUGCUAUGGUGAUCUCGAGGUGUGCCAGCUGUUGUUGGAGGGUCGCGCAGACGCGGCCCAUGAAAGCACAGUGGGUGUAACUGCUCUGAGCCUGGCAGAAUGCGAAGGCCACAGAGAGGUUGCUGAGCUUCUCACCCAGCACUUGCAGUCCUUGCAGUCCAUGGCCAAGGAGGACUCGGCAAGUAAGGCUGCGGAAGUGAUUGCACAAGCUGCUGCUGCAAAUCAGUUGAAGAAAGAAGACCUUUGCCAAAGUGAAGACGAGCAGAAUGUCGAUCAGCACGUCCCAUCUUCUCCAAGUGCACGACCUUCUGAGGCGGCCGCUGCUACAGACAGAUCUGAGCCACUGACUGUGAGUCCACCCGCGGAGCUUGGGUCAGCAGAAGCUGGGCCCGAUUGCCGCGAGGCUGCAGAAGAUCAAUUGAAGAAAGAAGACCUUUGCCAAAGUGAAGACGAGCAGAAUGUCGAUCAGCACGUCCCAUCUUCUCCAAGUGCACGACCUUCUGAGGCGGCCGCUGCUGCAGACAGAUCUGAGCCACUGACUGUGAGUGAAUCCACAGAUCUUGUGCCGGCAGAAGCAGGGCCUGUGCUUAAGAAGGAGGUGCCUCGGGGACGACCACCGCAGGUGCAGCAGGACAGGUCGAUGCCAUCACAGACUCGGUCUGGCAACACGUCUUUCACACCAACGCUGGCAUCGUCUCCUGUGAUUAAAAGCGCAUCGUCGGCGUACUCAUCUGCUCAAUCCACACAAAAGUCUACCGAUCCAGCUACAACUCGGUACACGGGUGCUCAGCCAACUCGUUUGCCAUCUCGACCCAACACAGCCACGAAGACACACGAGCCAUUCUUCGUCAACUCCCGCUACACCUCUACAAGCAAGCCACACGCAAAAGCAAAGACACAAGCACAAUCUCAAGCAAAGCGCAGACCGCCAACUCCAGAGUCAAGCGAUGGCGAGGAUCAGGAGAACAUUGGACCUCGGAUUCGAAAGGCAAUGGAACCUUUCCCGAGCUACAGUGGAGAGAUGCCACCUCCCGAGGCUGAGUCGACCUGGUCCGACCAGGAACUGUACAACUACUUCUUCUCCAGCGGCUUCAUCAAGCCGAAAAAGAAAGCCAGCAAGCCGAAGCCAACGCCGCAGCAGAUGGAGCAGUACUUUCGCACAUUGAACCUCAGGCCUGGAGCCAAAGCAGCGGCAGUAAAGAAAGCCUAUCGACAGCUUGCGCUGCGUUUCCACCCAGACAAGAACCAAGACAGCACCGAAGCAAAGUUGAAGUUUCAAGAGAUCACAGAGGCUUAUGCUGAGGUGUGCAGAGUAUUAGAUGGGAAAGGAUUGAACGAGCAAAAAGGAUCGGCUGGGUUGCUGCAUCAUCUUCGCGAAUCCUUUGAAUGCACAUUGUGGUUUAGGUUGGUUGAAGAGGGAUAUGGCUCGGAGACAUCAUGA